AUGUCGUUCUGGAAGUUCAACUUCAACGCGCCCGCGGUCGACUCGAUCGCGUCGAUCCUUGCCGGCCUACCGGACUCGGACUCGCCCGCCGACUCCGCUGUCUCGGCCUCAAAUGCGACCACAUCCAACCAUCGUAACUCGGACUCGGUUGAUUCAGCCUCGUCCUUCUCGUCGCUGAGCCAGGGCGCGUCGUCGACUCGGAGCGGGUCCGUCUCGAGCGCAGGUGUGGGGCGACCGACGGCGAAUGGCGCCGCUUCCGGAGUCGGUCCCGUGGCAGUCGUCGAACCUACCAUCUACGACAAGACCUUGGACGCCUUGCUCGGAUCACCAGAUUUGCUGUCCGAGUUCAAGACGGGUGGCAACGCCAAGCUGCACACGUUCCUCGCGCGCAAGGACGUCGUGCUCCGAUUGGGUGGAUGGGUCGUAUGGGGACUGGGACGAGCGACGACGUUGCAUCCUGUACCUAAUGGGGGUCUGGUCUCGGAUGAUUUACCGGAUGGAAAAGUGCCUGAUGAUUUCGUGCACGCCGAUGAUAAGGACUUGAUCAAGAUCGGGAUGGGCGGCAUUCCGAGACGGAGGGACAUGAAUGAGAUGGGUAUAUUGGAGGGUGGUGAGCCAGAGACGGACCAGGAGAAGGAAUGGGCAGUGUAAGUCAGGCAAUGAGAACAGUGGUGAACAUAAAGUAGCGUCUCCUGACUGCCCGGCUCCUCUCCCACCAGGUUCCCGAGACUGUGCACCGAAAUCCUCUCGUCCGAAGCCCCCUCUUUGACGGACACGCUCUUCAACCCGAGUGCCGUGUCGACCGAACCCCAUACAUGUCCCGACGCACCAUCCUUUCUUAUGCCCUUCUGGUCAGUUCAUAGAUCCGAUCCCCUGUGCUGCCCCGCUACGACCUGCUGACGCCGGUCUGCCCAUUCAACCAGGGAAACUCUGCUGGGCUCGACCGAGACACAGCUCGAGACACGGAGCGCCCAGGUCGGAUAUUGGACCCGUGUCAACGCGACACUGCUGAAUGGUCCCAGGGAACAGGAGGUAGGAGGAUUGAAUGUGUUUGUGGUAUCAAGAGAAAACCAAGUACUGAUUUUUUUAUUUUUUUUGCGACUCCAGGUCCUCGCCCACAUCUUGA